AUGGUUGCAAACCAUCCAGACCUUCCGACCACGGUAACUGCCACUACGAGCUCCACAUCUUCAUCUUGGAAUACAACAAACACAACGACAAAUUCGGAAUUAUCUUCGACUUCUUUUGAAAAUCUACAGGAUGAUACUCAUUCAUCAAUAGCCUCCACCUCCACAGCAACAACAACUCGUUCUCCCACUACAACAUCGUCAUCAACAACGUCCGAAGAAGCAGAUGCGGACUUGCAAAUUGUUCUCCAACAUCAAAGUUAUCAUUCAAAAAUAGGAACGCUUUUAGCUGUAAUGCCCAUUGUUUUUGGAAUUGCCUUCUGUUGGGAGAGAGGCCUAUAUCCCUUCUUAAUAUCCACAUUUAUAGAGCAUUGUGUUCAUUAUACGACCAAUUAUUUCAUUAAUGGGGUGAAAUCAAUAAGGAGUUUUUCGACCGUGAAUACUAUUCGGGUGUGCAUGGUUGCAGCGUUUCACAUGUCGCUGCAGGUGCAUUAUGGUCCCUUUGUGGCUCUUCAUGUUUUUACAGUGUACAAGAUUGUUAUUACUACCAUGAUGUGGUAUUUCGAUAUGAGGUUUAUUUUGCUUAAUGGCUCGAUACAUGUCAUUAGUGCAGUUCUAGGAAAGUACAUUGCUUUGGUCAACGAGAUGCACACGUUGAGUGAUUUGGAAAUCAUGUUUGCCUACCGAUCCGUAUUUGAGGUUUUUGUUUUGCUGACAACUGUCCUCAUCUCGUCACUUUUAUUUUCACAACACAUGAAUCAAACCAAUGAACAAUACACCAAACAGCAAAUAGAAAUCACAAAGGAAAGAGUUCGAAGUACAGAAAAAACGAAAUUUAUUGCCAACUUGAGUCACGAAGCACGGAAUCCAUUACAUGGCAUUCUUGGCAGUUUACAACUACUACGGCACAAUGUUUUGGGAAAGGAUGAAAAAUGUGAACAUGGAUGUGAGCACUGUCUUCUUCAAAAUAAUUCAACCUCAGAGCUUGUUCAGGAUAUUGAGGAAAAUUCGAAAACUCUACUUCAUAUCUUAUCGUCUUCGUUGCAUAUGAGUAAUUUAGAACUAGGGAAAAUCAAUUUAAAAUUGGAGCCCUUUAACAUUAUGUGCUUGGUAGAAUCUAUUACUUCGGUGUUUUCGCAGCUGGCUCUUGAAAAACAAUUAACCCUUCAUUCGUUUUUUGAUGUUCAAAAUGUACCAAUUUAUUUGAAAGGAGAUUCCACGAGAAUAAGCCAGAUUGUCAUGAACUUGGUUUCCAAUUCCAUCAAAUACACCUCUAAAGGCUUUGUUAAACUUACCUGUGAAUUAGCAUCAGAGAAGGACCUGAACAAAUAUAAUGAUUCUCAUCCAAAGGUUUCAAAGAAAGGAGAUAUUGUCUACAUCAAGAUAGAAUGUCAAGACACUGGUCGUGGUAUUCCAGAAUCCCAAUUACAAAAUAUUUUUCAGCCUUAUAACAUGAUUGAAGAAACGACUCUUUCAAAGAAACCUGAAGAGUUCGAACGUUACUUUAAGCAGUCUGAGCAUAUUACUGGAGGGAGCAGUCUUUUGAUUCACACGAAUAGAAAUGGCUUAGGACUGAGUAUAUCGAAAUUCAUUAUUGAAAAGAUGAAUGGUACGAUAACUGUCAGUAGCAAAGAGAAUGAAGGCACAACGUUUACCGUCAUCUUGCCUUUACAGAAAUUUGUUGGUGAAAUAUCAGAGAAAGCAGCAGUCAAUCCAGAUAAUAUUCAGGAAAUUUUACAUUACGAAGCUGACUCUUCUCAAAAGAUUAAGGUCCUAAUUUUUGACUUGGAUCCAUGUUUUCGUCAAGUGUUACAGAAAUAUGCACAAUUGUUCAAGAGAGUUGACAGUAUUGAACAAUAUGCGGACUUUGAAGAGUUUGAUCGCAAGCGUUAUUUGGCAACCCAAGAUGACGAAAAACAACAACGUUCAGGGGACUCUUGUUGCAACACCUUAAUCGUGUGUAUGGAACAGUAUUACGAACAAUUGAGCAAUUUCUUUCAAACGAAACAGAAUGGACAGGUUGUGGUAGUUCCUGCUGUUCCUAGAGGUCGCAAUAGGAUGUUCGAAAAGAUCAAAUACUUGUCAAAACCAAUCAAAUUUGCAGAUCUAUUUGACAUCAUUUCGGAUCCACGAUUCUCCAAAUCUUCUCUUCUUCAAACUGCGCCAUCCUCUAUCAUCAAGACACCUCGGAAAAGUAUUGUUGAACUCGAUUCUCAAACUGCUGCCUCUUUAGCUUCACACAUGAACAUGGAAUUUGACGAUGAAGUAUUGUCAAAGCCGGUCUUAGUUGUUGAUGACAAUGGGGUCAAUCGAAAAAUACUCUCUAAAAUGCUUCGAAUUAUGGGCUUUACAGACAUUGAUUUAGCAUGUGACGGAAUGGAGUGCUUCAACAUGUUUAAAAAGAAGAAUUAUUGUUUGAUAUUAUUAGAUUGUGUCAUGCCUAUUUUGAGUGGAAAAGAAGCAUGCGAAAUGAUUCGAAAAUAUGAAAAGCAAAACGAGCUUGAGCAUGGUGCCAAUUUCACUCGUUUACCAAUUGUUGCUGUGACUGCCAACACCUGGGAAACGAAGGAGGUUCUACUCGCUCAAGGUUUCGAUAGUGUCAUGUACAAACCUAUUGCAAUGGAACAAUUGAAAGUAGAAAUGCUCAAAGUGUUGUCCCAUGCAGAGAACUCGUCCUUACAACAGGAGUGA